ACUUUAUCUUUUUUUUUCUGUAACACCAACCAUGUGUGGAUAUUCACCAUUGAACAAUAGCCGUUGUUGUUUUGGCUCUAAACCCGUAAGCAAUGAUAGUACCAUUUUUAGUUCACCCGUAAAUCCGCAAGUAUAAAUUAGUUUUGACAUCACAAAUUUUUGUAUGAUUUUAGACCUUUACACAAAACAUAAAUUUGACAUGAUCUUCCCCAAUUGAUAUCCGACUAUGCUGAGAAAAGUAGGGUGAGUUGUCCGAGAUGAGAAUGGCUUUAUAAAGGUGCAUGUCAAGCUAUUGUAAAGGAAGUGAAGACCACACUAGAAGCAGAAAUUCAGGCUCUCAUCAUCGUGAUGUUAGAUUAACAAGCAAAAGUUCAUGCUCUCAUCAUCGUGAUGUUAUGUUAAAUUAACAUGAUUAAGUUGUAUAUCUUUAACAUAAAAUCAAACAAUACAUGUAUGUGAUCAACAUCAGGUAUUUGAUUAUUAAUGGCCAAGGUGGUAUGAAAUAGCAACAUGUUGAAAUAGCUAGAAAAAGGUACUUGAUAUACGCUGAACCCACUUCUCAUUUAACAAAAAUGAUCCACCAAUAUAUGGUCACUCAUCAUAAUCAUACAUAAAAUAUAUAAUAUGUAACAUUUUUUUAUGAAAGCAAUAAUGUGUCUUUGUGAAUCAUUUUAAACAUUUAUUAUUUAUAUAACUAUGUGCAUAGGCAGACAUGUUUACUAGACUUUUAGUAAAGAACAUAUAACAUUUGUUUGUACCCAAUUUAAAGUAUGGUGUUCAAUGUAAUUGUGUUCUGCAACACUUCAAAUUAUAUAAUUUUAGUUGACAAAAUUUGUUAAUGGAAAACUAUAAAAAGAUUCUUCACAAAUAUUAGAUAAAUACUUAAUAUCAAUUUCGUUUUAACAAUUAACAUUUUUUUGGGAAACACCAUCAACAAAAAGAAAGUUGAGAAAACAGUACACCAUAUUUUUUUGUAAUCUCAAUUACAACUAUAUAAUAUAGGGCAUCUAUAACUAGCAAUAACAUACCCAAAAUAAUUGUGUCGAACUCUCUAAUAACAACCAUCACUCCAAUGGAGAGCAUGCCGACAACUAUGUUGUGGGAUGCUACAUUGUAGCUCUGGUAGUGGAACAUGUAUUGGCUUUGAAUAUCCACUAAUCCACACAACAAUCGCUAGAGUAACGAUCGAGUGACCAAUACCCGGUUUACUCUAGUCCAAGUGUUCACGGCACGAUUGGUCGUCCACAUUCCGAAUGCUAUGCAUCCGGUCAAGACUGCAUACAUGUCAAGACCGGACAGCACAACAACAGGGAAGGGUGUCCCCAAUGUCCGGAACGUCGGGGAAACCACAAUAGCCGCCACACCGAAACAUGCCAUGGCUGAACAAACGAGCGGUGAAGUAGGUGCAUCGCCUGUCUUCCUAGGUGUUCAUGGCCCGAUCGGUCGACCAAGUUCAAAUGUGAUACAUCCAGUCAUAACCGGAUACAUGCAUAGACCACAAAUCACAAAACUAACACUAAUUGGCCGAAAUCACUGUCACAAACUAGUAUAAGUAUGAUUACAUUUUUAAGUAGCAAAAGAAAUAAUCAUACCCAACGAAUAAUACUUGAGCAAAUAUAUUUGAUACUAAUUGCGAUAAGGAUCUGAAUCUGGAUGGUUUACCAAGUAGCUUUGCCAAAAAUCUUGAUUUGUAAUGCACAAAAUAUUUCUAAAUUGGUGAAAAAAUUGUGCCAUUUAAACAAAGUUUUUUUUCUUUGUAACACAAACAAAGUUAAACUUAAAUGGCACAAUUUUUUCACCAAUUUAGUAAUAUUUUGUGCAUUACAAAUCAAGAUUAAACUUAUAGUUCCUAAAAAGGAUCCAUAACACUAUAGUUGAGCUCAUACAUUUUACCUUUGUAACAUGAUUUACAAAAUUAUCUCCAAACUGUUAUGACUGAAGGUAGCCAUUUCAAACUUGAUUUUGGAUACUAAAUUUACUUUUGUGGUUAAACAUUUAAUCAUAAAUAAAAUUACUAGCUUAAGAUUUUUUUCAUGAUUUCUAAAAUACAGCUAACUGUAAAUCUAUAAAGCUAAUAAAAUUGAUAUUAUCAAAAAUUAUGAUGAAUUGGAAUUUAUUAGAGCCAUGAUGACAAGAUGGAUUUUGCGAUGAGAUGAAUUAACUUUCUCAUGUGUUGUUUUACUUCAGUUUCUUACCGACAUAUUCUGAAUGGUGAACCAAUAAGAAAGAAUAACUCGAUAAGCCUAGUUAUAUUUGAAGACUCAAAACGAAGGGCUUAAGCUCUCUUCUAAGUCGUACGAUCAGGUUGUUAGAUCUGCAGAGAGUCAUGGAGCCACCAUCGAUCUUAAUCUGUUGGGCCCUCAUCCACCAGACCAAGAGGAGAGAGCGUAAAAAUAUGUACAAGAUAAUGGUAGAUGAUAGAAACAUAUUUUGUGGUUUAGUGUAAUCAACAUUAUAGAAGACGGAAGAUGCAUGCUGUAACACUCUUAGCACUGUACGAUAGUGAGUUCUUCUUUUUUUUUGAUAAGUAUUUGAAUUUUCAUUAACUUGUUAAUGACACAAGGAGAUUACAGGUUUUUUGAAGAACUCAAAUCCUAUAAAUCUAAUAGGCUAAUUAAAGCACAAAUGCUAAAGAGAGCCACAAAAAAGGUAAAACGACUCUGUAGAACAACAAAUCAUUUUAGAUGUACGGUUAUUACAAAUAGCCACGGAAACACUCUAACUGGCUCAGAGUGUUUGAUCCUCCUUUGUUCCCGCUUGUUUUCAUUUUAAUCAAAAGCACUUACUUAACCAUCCACUAACACUUAUCUCCCAUCACUCUCUCCCACUAUCUCUCUUCUCGUAACCAACCCGACUCUUUGUCUUAUAAAAAUCCUAGUUUAUUAACCCUAGAACCAGAUUCACUCCAUUGUUGUUUACUCUCGGGAUAAGAAAGUUAAAAAAAAGAGAUGUUUCUUUGGCUAGUAAUUGUCUUAAUGGUUUCUGGUUCAGUCUCUUCAAAUGAAUACAAACUCCAUUGGGUUAUUCCUCCUGCAAAUGUUUCAACAAGUCUUAACGAUUGGGCUUCCAGUCAACGGUUCCAAGUUGGAGACACCAUUCGAUUCAAGUACAAGAAAGAUUCGGUGAUGCAAGUGACAAAGGAGGGUUAUAUGCAAUGCAAUUCGUCGUACCCAAGAUUCUACUCGAAUACGGGCAAGACCCGGUUCAUGUUUGAUCACUCAGUUCCUUACUAUUUCAUAAGUGGAACGUCUGGUCACUGUGAAAAAGGUCAGAAAAUGAUCGUCGAGGUCAUGACUCACGACCGUACCACCACAUCCGUAGCUCCUACGCCUGCAAUUGCCGUUUGGUUGUGUUUCUUCAGCUUCACGUUAUCUCUUGUAGCUUAGUGUCAGUGUUAGAUUUAGGUUCAAAUUAGCUUGUUUAUGUUUGCUGCUUCUAUGGUAAUUUCGUAUUCUUUUAAAAAAAAAAUUAGAGCUCAUAUAUUUGCUAGUUGUAUAGUUUUAUAUAAACUUUUAUUUGUGAGUCUA